CCCUAAAUAGUCUCAGAAUGACUGAGCAAAGUACAAAAAGUUGCACCAUUUCCAUCUUAUCUUAAACCUUGGGCUGUGGGGAGCGGAGCGGAUGGUGAUUAUCCCUGCUCAGUGGCUGAAGCGCGACGGAAAUAGUAAUUUCCCAUUUACUCAUUUUUGAUGCCACAGUAGUGAUAGUUCCCACCGCCCGUGAAGGCAGCGGGAUGGAUGCAGUUAGCCGUUCGCAGUGAAAGCAUGUGAAGAUGGCGGAGCUACAAAUGCUGCUGGAGGAGGAGAUUCCUGCGGGACGGAGAGCUUUACUGGACAGUUUCACCAACCUGGAGAGGGUAGCGGAGUACUGCGAAAGCAGCUAUGUCCAGGCCACAGACAAGCAGCGAGCGCUGGAGGAGACGAAGAGCUACACCACCCAGUCUCUGGCCAGCGUCGCCUACCUCAUCAAUACGCUGGCCAACAACGUGCUGCAGAUGCUGGACAUCCAGGCCUCGCAGCUGCGCCGCAUGGAGAGCUCCGUCAACCACAUUUCACAGACCGUUGACAUUCACAAAGAAAAGGUGGCGAGACGAGAGAUCGGCAUCUUGACAACCAACAAAAACGUGUCCCGCUCGCAUAAAGUUGUCGCUCCAGCCAAUCCGGAGAGGCCGGUGCGCUACAUCAGGAAGCCCAUCGACUACAGCAUGCUGGAUGACAUCGGACACGGAGUCAAGUGGUUGUUAAGGUUCAAGGUGAACGGCCAGCAGAGCGUGAAACUCGGAGGGGGUCUGUCCCGGUCCAGCCCCCCCACCCAGAAACCGCCCAGCCCUCCCAGAGCAGGGAAGGGCAUCUUAGGGAAGAACUCCCCCUACAGGACACUUGAGCCAGUGCGCCCCCCAGUGGUGCCCAAUGAUUACGUCUCCAGCCCCACCAGAAACAGUAUGGCUGAUGGGCAGCUUACAAGUCCGGCCCGCACCGCCACCCUCAACCAUCGCCCCCGGACAUACAGUGGCAGCAGUGGAGGCAGCCACCCCAGCGGCAGCAGUCGCAGCAGCAGCAGGGAGAACAGUGGCAGCGGCUGCGUGGGCAUUCCCAUCGCUGUGCCCACGCCCUCCCCACCCUCCACCUUCCCAGUUUCCCCAACAACUGGACCAGCUAGCUCCUCCUCCACUGCUCCUAACUCCUCCCCCUCCCCCACCCCUUCCUCCUUCUCUUCCUCCUCCUCCUCCACCACUACCUUAACACAACCCAAUGCACCCUUGCCCCCAAACUCACCUUCACAGCACUCUGACUCAUCUGUUCAACCAAACUUGCAAUCAAGCACUCCCCCCAGCACCUCCCCACCCUCUAACCCUACCCCUGGCAUGGCCGAGGUCCAUUCAGGUGUCUUGCCUGGAGAACUGUUUCCUCACUUUCCUCCUUCCUCCUCCUCCUCCUCUUCAUCACCUGCUGAAGGGCCCUUCGUCCCUCAGUUCUACAGCAUGAACCGGCCUCAGCCUCGACAGCAGGCUCCACAGGUCGGGGGGUCACUGCCAUACCGCCGCCCCCCCUCUGUGUCCGCUCAGCCAGUCGGAACACAUAACCAGGUCAACGGGGGUCCCCAGUACAACCAAAGCCCAGCCUCUCCACCGCCCCCCUCUCUGCUCCAGUUCACUCCUCAGCUUCCUCUGAUGGGUUUUGUGGCUCGAGUUCAGGAGUCCAACGCCCCUCCUCCCCCUCACAUGGCUCCCGAGAGUCAGUCAGGGCCCAAGGAGCCCCCGCCCACUCCGCAGCCACUGGAGGAUGGACAUGAGGAGGAGGACUCAGGAGUAGUGGAGUACAGCGAUCCCUACGCUGAAGAAGACCCUCCAUGGGCCCCCAGAAACUACCUGGAGAAAGUGGUAGCCAUCUACGACUACACAGCCGACAAGGAGGAUGAGCUGUCGUUCCAGGAAGGAGCGAUCAUCUACGUCGUCAAGAAGAACGAGGACGGCUGGUUCGAAGGAGUGAUGAGCGCCACCACCGGCCUCUUCCCCGGGAACUACAUCGAGUCCAUCAUGCACUACGCCGACUGAGGACAGAGAAGAGCAGUGUUUGUUGUUGUCUUGUUUGUUUGUUGUGUCAGAACUAGGAGGGGAAGUGGUUAAGUUCCAGUUUUUAUUUUGAUUCACACUAACCAAGCACAAGAACAUGAAAGCUGAUGAACAAAGUCAUAGGUUUACUACUAUUUUAUUGUGAGUGUAUGAUCUGAGUCUAGUGACUGAGUGUGAGCAUCAGAUGUUCUUUUGUUCCUUUCUACAAAUGAGGCUCUUUGUAGUUUCACAGUCUGCAGAGCACUUCUCUUGUUGAAGGACUGAGAGGGGUUUUCAGUGUUUGACAGAAAGGUGAAGGUGAAACAUUUAUUUACAGAAGGAUUUUAAAUGAAUUGGGAUUACAAGAAAUGUAUAUAGUGUCCUGACAUAAGCUAGUUUUCUUGAAAUCACAUUUUUUUUAUCUUUAGUUUGCACAUAAAGUCAGUCUUUCUUCUGGGAGUCGUAACUCAAACCUGAAACCACAGACAAAAUGCAGAUACUGUGGAUUCAGUUGGACCUGUUAGAUACAUCGUCCUCUGUCCAGUUUGUCCCUCACGGUUUCACAACCGAAAUCUUAGAAGAAAAGUGUGUUUAUUCAGUCAGUUGGUUAAUACCAGAGACAGUGCUUUGUAAAUAAACUCAUCCCUUCAGAUCCCCCCAAAAGAGCCAAAUCCAGCUGAUUCUCUCAGUCGUGUCUUAUUACAAACUGCAGAGUUCGCUCUGUGCUUCUAGAUGUCAUUGGAUCCCUCUUGCACCCGACUCCCAGAUUAAGGCAUCACAACCUGAUUCCCCCUCUGUCACGUCACCGUGUCCCUUUUUUAUGUUUCUUUUCCCCAGUUUUAAAAUGAUUGCUGCUGCAAGUCUCCUCUCUUCAUCCUCCUCAUUCGUCCUACUGAGGGAAGGGACUGGCUGGUCUUGUUUAGGUUUGGGCUUAGUUUUCUGUUGCACUGCAGUGGGACUGGACUCUGAAGUCUCUGCUGCAGCUUCUUCAUUUUGGGAUUUAAAAGCCUCUGUGGAUAGUUCAUGUCUGAUGUAAGCUGAUGCCUUGGAUUUAUGGCCAAAAUGAGCACAACAUCAGAUUAGUGGUGAGGCCACUUCCAAUCUUCCUGAGUGGUUUCAUUGCAUGAGUAGGAUUUGUUUUACCCCCAACCUUUGCCUUAACAGAUACCCUCAACCUUCUUAUUUUCUCAGGAGCCUUAUGUUUUCUGUCAGUGAAGUGGAAACAGGAGCCCAGAAUGACAAAAGCUGCUGGAGACUUUGGACCUGAUGGUUACAGUGUCUGCCUGCAUGCCUGACAUGUAACUGACAUCUUUUUUCAGUGUUUUCAUUUCAUAGUUCGACCAAGUUGCUUUAUUCUCACUGUUUGAGCCGCCGGAGGGCGUGAUGUUUUUGUUCAGUGGUUUUUGGUUGUAAUGGCCCUUUAAGAUGGAGGCGGCUGUUAUUGUGCCAUAUGUGAGUGUGUUGUAGUGUGAAUGUGGGCGCGUGUGUGUUAACCAAUAUGAGCCAAACCAUCCUUUGUUGACUAUGGACCUGAAAGUGUUUCCUUGUUGUACAGUGUUGUUACCUCAAAAACCAGAGUAUGUCAAGUUAGUGGUAAUGUGUUGUAGCCAUGCACACACACAUACUGUCCCCUCAGGAUGAGCUCCAAUAAUGGUGAUCCUCUGACUUUUCGCCUUGCGCCUUCAUCAGGUCCAAUACUUCGGUUUAUGACCAGAAACCUGCAGAGCUAAUGGUGCUCCCAUCAGCCUCAGCUGGAUGUUGUUUAGUGCCAAAAUAAACUGGUGAACAUGUUCGUGGCUGGCUGGUGAAACAAUCUCACCACAUUACACCUGCUAAAUGCUGAUGUUGACCUCAAGCUCUGAGAACUGCUGUGACAAAACACAUAGGUGCCAGCAGGGCUGUAGACUAUCAGGCCUGUUUGGCAAUAUUACCAUCCAGUUUUGUAUGAAUCCUGAACAUAGUGGGACAGGAAUGGUGACACAUCAAACAGAGAGCCUGAUGGAUGAGACACAUUAUGGUUGAUGCAGCUCAAGUCAGAGCUUUAAUCUGCGGAUGCAGCUGGGAGCCAGUUGCACCUGGAAGAUGCAGGUGAGCUGACGAGGCUUUAGCACAGUGUGUAUGAGAGGUGUUGGUCCUGCAGGGAAGCGAGGACAACUGACCCAAUGUAGUCCUGCUCCAAUCAGGGAAACAGCUGUUAGUGAGCACAGCGUCGGCCCUCUGUGAUUCAUGAGGUCUGAAUCAGACUAAUCACACUCAGGUAACAGGUGACUUCCUGUUCAUGUGCUGGCUCUUCAACACUUUGACAUACUCUGGCUUUUGUUUUGCCUGCAAUAUCCUUUUAAACAGUGUGGACUGAGAUGAUCUGUGGAAUGUUACAGACUGCUUCUCUGAGACUGAUUUCUACCAGGACCCUGCUUAAUCCUGUUCCCCUGCAGACAUCAGACCUUCAUCAUUAGAGUUGAACUGUGAAAACCAGCUCCAUUCUGGGUCUGACUCCAGGCUCCCAAAUAACAGUAGAGUUUAUAUGGAAAAGAAAUCUGACACUGCUAUUUUUGUAAACUUUGGUUCUGUUUUCAGGGCUAGCAACUUGUAUUCUCAGGAACAUUCGUAUAAGAACCUUCUUAAACUUCUUAGUAAAAGGCUUAAUGAAAGCUAUUCCCCUACAAUUACAGUAUGUUGAUGUUUAUUGCUCUGUCACUGAGGAUAUUACUCAUCAGUGGGGGCCCUGUUUAGUACCUGUCUAUGAACCAAAUAUAUGUUUAAUUGUUCCAUUUCCUCACAGAUAGAGGGUCGACCUCACUGUGUAGCAUUUUAUUCAGGGCCUUCACCAGAAAUCUUGUAUUUCACAACUCAGACAAUAUAAUUCAGACUUCAGUCUUUUUAUAAAUACAGAUUCUCACCACCAUAUGGUUGAUACUCAUGCUGGGCUUUUUGAAUGUUGACCUUUUGUAUUUCUUUUUUUAAUCCCACUCCUGACUGCGAUAUCUAAACUAACUAAAUAUGAAUAAUAAGUCUUAACAUUUAGGACUAUUAGUGCAUUCAGCCUUUUCUUGAUUCUAAAAAUGGGACCAAACAGUUUUCUUUAAAUUUUAGCACAUUUAAGACCAAAAUUUUACUGUUAAUGGCUUCAUACAUUGCAUCCCAGUCUUUUAUCUCCACCUUAAACUAUGACUCAAGCAUAUAUGACAGCUCAUCGGGUUCUUGACAUUAAAAAGUUCACUCCUGAUAUUGUAGCCAGAGGCUCAGAGCUGUGAGAACACCUGUCUCUACGGCGCCUCGGUCUGCAGCAGCUUCCUGGUAGAACGUGACGUCUGGAGACGCUCUCUGCAAAACACGGCUCUUUUGGAAGAAUGAUGAGAAGUGAAAUUACAGUAGUUAUAAGUAAAUGUUUUAACAGCC